ACCUUCCCCCCCGACUCUGCUUCCUCCUCACUUCCCCCAAAUCCCCCACCCGAACCCUCGGAAUCCCUCCCUCGCCGCCGCCGACCCUCCGCCGAUCUCCCCGCCGCCGAGAUGUCUCGCCGCUACGACAGCCGCACCACGAUCUUCUCGCCGGAGGGCCGGCUGUACCAGGUGGAGUACGCGAUGGAGGCGAUCGGGAACGCCGGGUCGGCGCUCGGGAUCCUGGCGGCCGACGGCGUCGUCCUCGUCGGCGAGAAGAAGGUCACCUCCAAGCUGCUCCAGUCCUCCCGAUCCGCGGAGAAGAUGUACAAGAUCGACUCCCACCUCGCCUGCGCCGUCGCCGGGAUCAUGUCCGACGCCAACAUCCUCAUCAACACCGCCCGCCUCCACGCCCAGCGCUACGCGCUCUCCUACCAGGAGCCCAUCCCCGUCGAGCAGCUCGUCCAGUCCCUCUGCGACACCAAGCAGGGCUACACCCAGUUCGGGGGCCUCCGCCCCUUCGGCGUCUCCUUCCUCUUCGCGGGGUGGGACAAGAACCACGGCUUCCAGCUCUACAUGAGCGACCCCUCCGGCAACUACGGCGGCUGGAAGGCCGCCGCCGUCGGGGCCAACAGCCAGGCCGCCCAGUCCAUGCUCAAGCAGGACUACAAGGAUGGCAUGACCCGCGAGGAGGCCGUCGCCCUCGCCCUCAAGGUCCUCAGCAAGACCAUGGAUUCCACUAGUUUGACUGCCGAUAAGCUGGAGCUGGCCGAGGUCUUCGUGCAGCCCGGCACUGGGGAGGUGCAGUACCAGGUGUGCUCUCCUGACGCCAUGGGGAAGCUGCUUGCCAAGGCUGGGCUCACGCAGCCCGCGCCUGAGGCCUGAUGUGCUGGUUUGCUGUGGCUUGUGAUGCCUACUACUCUUAGACCGCUUAAUCAGUUAUGCUUCUGUUGUUUUAAGCCAAACUAUUUGACAAUUAUGCAUUUUAAUUUUAUGUUGAACAUGCUUGGUAUUUUCUUUA